AUGAGGAGUUCAAGGGUUAUCGGUGCUGCAUUCUUGGUUUUGCUUCUUGUGGACUUGGCCUUUGCAACUAGGCCAUUUAACGCUGUUGGAAAAGGAGGAGGAGGUGGUGGAGGAGGAGGAAGUGGUGGAGGUCGGGGUGGUGCCAAUGGUUUGGGGUCAGGUUUUGGAUAUGGUUCAGGGUAUGGUUCUGGAAGUGGCUCCGGGUAUGGUUCAGGAGCUUAUGGUAGUGGAGGUGGGGGUGGAGGUGGUGGUGGUGGCGGAGGAGGUGGUGGAGGUGGCUUUGGACCAGGCAGUGGGUCUGGGUCUGGAUAUGGGUCCGGACAUGGGUCUGGUAGUGGGACAGGAGGUGGUGGAGGUGGCGGUGGUGGUAGAGGAGGUGGUGGUGGGGUGGAGGCAAUGGAGGAGGUGGGUCAGGCUAUGGAUCUGGAUCUGGGUAUGGAAGUGGGUCUGGAUAUGGAAACGGUGGUGGUAGAGGUGGAGGAGGUGGAGAAGGUGGAGGUGGUGGUGGUGGCAGUCGCAAUGGUUCAGGCUAUGGCAGUGGAUCUGGCUAUGGUUCAGGGCAUUUGCAUGGAGUACGUUGCUACAUAA